AUGCAGCAGGACUUGUCCGACGACGAGAGUCCGCGAAGGGGGGAUGUGAGAAAGUACAAGCCCGAAAUGAGCAUGGGCGACGACGAUACUUGCAUACAUCACACUGACGGCGACAUGGGAGGACGUCGUGGAGCAACGCUUACGUGCCGCAUCGUAUGCCACACCAUCGACAAGAAGGAAAGCCGCAAGUUCCGGCGGUCGAUCCAUGCACGUCCUUACGUUAUUACGUUUAUCAUGCACGUAAUGGACUCGGAGGACACGAGUACUGUCAAGCGAACGUACCUGCAGUUCAAGUCUCUGCACAAGCAGCUGUGCAAUAAGUACCCCCGAGCCCACAUUGUGCCCCUUCCAUCGAUGAAACUCAAUCGCUACGACAGCCGCUAUAUCGAGCAAAAGUACAAGGAAUUGGAGCGAUACAUCGAUAAUCUGUUUGCCCUGGACACCAUUGCCUCGUGCGACUUGCUGCGCGGCUUUCUCGACGACUGCCCCCUUUCCGACGGCACUGACGAAGACGACAACGACCAUGACGACGGCCUCGACGUCCGGGAGUCCACCACCGUCCGCAUCCAGCGCGGUCAAUCGUACUCGAUCAGCGUGAAAAUUCCAUGCGCCGGCGCCGACGUGUCGUUUCACUUUUCGACCCAAAAGUACGACGUUGGGUUUACAAUCACCCUCAACCACGACCAUGUCCUGCACAUGUAUUCGAAAGAGCAGGCGUUGAAAGGCACGGUGACGUGUCCGACCAGUGGCGUGUGCGUGCUCACGUGGGACAACUCGUUCGUGUGGCGCCGAUCCAAAACAGUCACGUACCGCGCCGACGUCGUCUUGCCAUUCCACAUGCCAAGCUUGAAUGGCCUGCCUGUGGACGUCACCACUGAACCGUCGACGACGACAUCGCCCCCCACGGGGUAUAUUGAACAAGUGCGAAGCCAUUCCAUGAUCAUGUCUCCGCGUCGACUCGUUAGUCGCUCCAUGUCCAGAAUCGGGUGGGCACACGGCAGCGAUGCGUUUUGCAUCAAAGCGGGGCCGUUGAUCGUCCAGCGGCGCCACACGCUCAUCAUCAAGGCCGGGUUCGCGUCCGUACAUAAAUGGUACCGCAAGUGGUUUACAUUGGACGGCGCCCACGGCAUCUUGCGGUAUUACGACAAGGAAGACGCGGUGGCUAGGGAAGGGGCACUGGCCAAGUUGGUCGUGUCGAGUGCCAAGACGACGUUGGACGACGUGACGCCCCAGCUCAACAGCCCCACGCCGUAUGCGUUUCAACUCAAAAGUGGAAAAACGUCGUGGGUGUUGUGCGCCGAAAACGAAGCCGAUUUCGUGGCGUGGCGCGCGGCGUUGGCGACGUGCCUGUAUUUUGAGCGGUGGAACCACCAGCCGGGGCCCCACCACGAUGUGACGACAGUAGUGCUCUCGUCAGACGAGGACAACAGUGACGAAUGUGACGAUGACGAGUGUGACGAUGACGAGUUGCGUCCGCCGUCCCCCCCAGAUCAAAACAACAGGCCCGAGUCGUCCAGAGGAGAAGGCUUCGUGUCCACCCAAGAAGAGGCUCACCAUGCCGCCAACGCCAUCAACAAGGCCGAGACUACAUGGAUUGAAAACGCAGAGUUGUUAGCCCUGCCGCUGCUGACACGACCAACGACCAAGCUGGACGUGAUCGGGUUUGUUGCUUUGAAUGGGGCGAUGGCGGGGGUGGUGCUAGCUCCAUCGAUGGUGCUGUGGACCGUCCUUGUUGUUAUCAACACGGUCGUGCUGUGUCGACUGGUUGCGCUCUCCUCGUAGCCAGCCAAUAUAUAUAUAUAUAUCGGAAUAGGCAAGAAACAACACAGUCGUAUAUUAGUAGUUACUCAACGGAGUCUUGACAAACGGCGGAGUGGUGGACAACGACAUGGUCAUGCACUUUGUCUGUGGCUUGUACUCGACCGUAUACACGGCCAUCUCUUGCAACGGCUGCUCCACGAACCAACUGAGCACCAAGUCGGUAAAAGCCACACACACGGACGGAUGCUACUAGUACCCAUCACCCACCAUAAUGACAUACUAGUAGUAGUACUAGUAGGCCCAGUACCCAAUGUUUAUCUCCAUAUCGCGGCAAGUCGGCGGUUUCGAAUGCUUGCUCUUUGGUUAAGAUGAACGAUUCGUUGCGAAAGCCCACGCGGAUGGUUGGCACGCCCACAAGAUACGACUGGAUCCAAAAUGCGAGCAGUUUAUACCGUUCAAACGUGAACCGGUCCUUGGGUGUAUUUAGUAUGCGGAAUGUCUUGAGCUCGACGUAGUUCGUAGUAUCAUCGUCGUCAUCCUUUGAGGCUGUGACACCGUCCAUUUCAGCGCCAAUCUAAUGUGUCGUCAAGGGUUAGAUGUACGAUAUAGAUAUGUGAUGACAGAGCUAGGACAGGACCAGCAGCUUCUUUUGGCCAAGGGAUACGGAAAACACGCCGCAGUACUCCCCACCACCUACGGCUGCUGACGACAGCACUUCGUACCGCCGGCCAGCGUACGCGCCUUGAGCUUGAUUGGACGAAAAAGAGGACGGUGGAAUAUGUGACAAGGUGACGUUGAGAUAGACGCAGCCUUGAAUGCGCUGCAUUUGCAUCGUAUACGCAGAAUUGGUAUUGUACGGCGUCUAUGGGCAUGUGAAGCAUGGUGAUUUUGCGUAUAUGUGGAGCACCGACCCCCAUGAUCUUGUUGAGGUUGUUUCGAUAGGUCACAACGUGGUACUUUGGCAAUGGCUGGGCAUCGGUGGUGUGGUUGUGGAGGUGUCUGUUUGCUGGCAACAUAGCGUCGAUCACAUGCUCCAGUGGCGCCGUGUUGGGAGGCUCGGCGUAGGCGUCCAUGCCCUCCAACAAGUCCGAAUUCAACGGCGCGGCCUUCUUGAGCAAUUUCUACCAUGCUAACGUAGCACUGUAAUGCCCAUGUACGGACUCACAUACCAAUAGCGACCGAUCGUAGGUGACAUGGCCGUCGGGAUACUUGCUAAACCCACUCACUUGAACAGGCUACAAUUCUCUGAGCGAUGCCAUUGGAAACGUAAGUACUUUGGAGAUGCGCUGCUUGCUUCGUUGCAUUAACUCCCUCAUGCUGGGAAUGGGAAGCACGAGGACGCCAUCAUGCAUGCGGGCCUGCUUGGACCUCCUAGCCUCCACAUCGCUCGAUUCGCCGCUGCGCUUCAUGUCACCAAAGC